CGGCUGGAGCACCUCUACAUAUACCUUGGCGAGCGCUCGCCACUCGAAAUGUCGCCUGAGCAGGUCGAACAAUUCUCCAGCAUGCGCUCCAGCGUGAAACAUCUCACCUUGGGGGUGAGCAAGCAAGCUACGGCUCCCUGGACCCCCACGAUUUUCGGCCAGCUGCUGAGUACGAUGCCGGCCCUAAAUUCCCUGGAACUCGAGCGGUGCACGACGCCUUUCCUGAAGUCAGUUCUGUCCAACUUGGUGGAAUCGGGGCGCCGACUGAAGCUCUUCCGCCUCGGAAAGACUUUCCUAGUCGACGAGGGUUUAGUCGGCUUCCUGGAAGCAAAUGCAGAUCAUCUGGAGGAUCUGCAUUUAGAGUCUUGCGUAAAACUCACGGCCAGAGUUUUCGCUGCGAUAAGCAAGUGCACAGCGCUGCGGAACCUGUCGCUUAAAGGGGCUGUCGCUUUGGAAGACAGCCAUCUGGAUGACCUGCGAGCCCAUUCUCCUGGUCUCAGACGUCUCUUCAUGGAGGGAUGUGACCGUGUGACCGGCGAGGGCAUAGACAGGCUCUACGAAUUCAGGGAGCUUGAUUCGCUGACGGUGGAACUAAGUUUUGAAUAGCUACACUCAUUCUUCUAAGCUAAGCUUUCUGUCAUAUCUAUUUCGGUAAACCCCGACUCCGUACUGUGCCACAUGUCGGAGGCUCCAGCACUGUCACAUGUCAGAGGCUCCACUCAUCAGGCCUCUCUUUUGAUUCCGUAUUUAGUAACCAUCUUCCGUAUUUAGUA